AUGACUGUCAUCAACAGAUCGCAGUCUCCCUCCCGCCUGCUCCUCAUCAGUGUCCCUCGCACGGCGUCGAACCUCAUGCUCAAGAUCCUCAAUGUCCGUCGUCAGCAGUUGAUGACAACCGAGAAAGGAGGCUAUUUCUUCUUCGACGCCUUCAGCACGGUCGCCCGGGACGGUCGCCUAAGUAAAUCCAUCGAAGAGUGGAGCGAGGGCCAGAAGCACGAGAUCCGCGAUGCCUUCCAGAACGCGGUCGAUUCUCUCGAGGAGUACUCCCAGCGAGCGGAGCAAGAAGGAAAGAUUGCAUUCGCCAAGGAGCACGCCUUCUGGCUCACCAAUCCAGCCGCGUUGGGGGGUAUGACUGACCAUGCCGUCAGCUUCCGACCAAACAUUCCCGACAAGUACGGUCCCACGCAAACCUUCUCCCCUCUCAAUCAGACUGUUUUGCCCGACGAAUACCUCCGGACCUGGAGAUGGACUUUUAUCAUUCGUCACCCGGCGUUGGCCUUCCCUUCUCUCUACCGCGCCAUGGAAAAGUUGCUGAAAAGCGGCCUUAUGCAGACGGAGGACACCACCGGGACACUGGCGACCAACAUGACCUUGAAAUGGACGCGAAUGCUCUACGACUGGUGUCUCGAGCAGCCUGAUCUGCCCGGAAAGCCCGUGGUGGUAGAUGCCCAGGACAUCAUCCACAAUCCCCAGGUGGUGGUCCGGUAUUGCGAAGAGACCGGGCUUGAUCCGAGCGCGGUGCAGUUCGAGUGGGAGAGCAAAGGAGAAGCCCCGGACUGGGAAGCAUCGGGACGUGAUCCCAAAGGUCUGAAUGAGCCGGAGUGGACCAAGGCCGCUGUGUCCAUCAUGCUCUCCACCUUAACCAAGUCCACAGGGAUCAUCAAGGACAAGACGCCGACCACAGUAGAUAUAACAGCCGAGGUCAAGCAGUGGAAGGAGGAAUUUGGAGAUGAGGCGGCGACUAUGCUGGAGAAGAUGGUGCGCGAUGCCAUGCCCGACUAUGAAUACCUGAGAAGUCGACGGAUUACUGUGUGA